AGGAGUCUGGCAACUCGACCCUAGUGUUGGCAAACAUGGAGGAGAUGUAAGGGUGACAUGGCUUCACUUCUUAGGUUCUGACGCCCUUAAAAAGCCCUUAAUUAUGCAGUCCGUGGACCCGCAGAAUGGCAGGACCUUUUGGAAGAAGAAUACCAAGGUUCCAGGCGGAAUGCGAGCGGUGUACGGGGCAAUGCAUCCUCCCAUCACGCGCUCACCGAGGUCAAGCCCAAGGAAGGAGGGAGGUCAACGCAAGCCCGAGCCCAAUGACAGUUUUCAGGACUAUCAAGAGUCUGUGAGCGACGCGUGGGACUGCGGCGACGAUGAGUUUUGUGUGAUAUCAGACGUCAAAAUCUCAAAUCGCAUGGUACAGUCCGCGGCCCUGAGCGUCAUAAACAGUCAUCGGUCGAGCCAGCUGGCGGCCACCCCUCCCCCCCCUGGCCUGCCGGAACUCCACCACCACCACCACCACCACCACCACCAAGGGUCACCUCCAUCACCACCACCACCCACAACACCACCUCAACACCACCUGGACGAGAGUGACGACCCACCAGGCUAUAACCUCCACUGUGCAUCACCAAGAAGCACAGGAGGAGUUGAGUGUACCCUGCCGCUGUCGAGAUUGGACCCUUCCGCUCCGGUCCUUCCGAGAACUCCUGUCAUCACAUCCUCUGACAGCGAGAGGGAGUCAGCACGCACAGAGAAGUUCCUGGAGGUCAUAAGCGCCACGAACAUGUCUCUUCCAGAGCUACGGAAACUCUCCUGGUCGGGCAUACCAUCGCAAGUGAGGGCGGUCGCCUGGAGGCUGCUCAAUGGUUACCUGCCAGCCAAUUCGGAGCGCCGCGAGGACACCCUGCAGCGGAAACGGAAGGAAUACUGGAGCUUUGUGGACCAGUAUUAUGGAACUCGCCACGAGGAUAUUCACCAGGACACAUUCAGACAGAUCCACAUAGACAUCCCGCGCAUGUCCCCGCUGAUCCCCCUGUUCCAGCAGACCAUCGUGCAGGAGAUGUUUGAGCGCAUCCUGUACAUCUGGGCCAUCAGACACCCCGCCUCAGGCUACGUGCAGGGCAUCAACGACCUCGUCACACCAUUCUUCAUCGUCUUCCUGCACGAGGUCGUCCCGAGAGAGGAGAACUUGGACACCUAUGAUGUGUCUCGCGUUGCGGAGGGCCAGCGUGCGGUGGUGGAGGCCGACAGCUUCUGGUGCAUGUCCAAGCUACUUGACGGCAUCCAGGACAACUACACCUUCGCACAGCCCGGCAUACAGAGCAAGGUGCAGCAGCUCGGGGAACUCAUGAAGCGGAUAGACGCCAACCUCCACCGCCACCUUGCCCGCCACGAGAUUGACUACCUCCAGUUCUCGUUCCGGUGGUUCAACAACCUGCUGAUGCGUGAGAUGCCCCUGGGGUGCACCGUCAGGCUGUGGGACACCCUGCACGCUGAGCCAGACGGGUUCUCGCACUUUGUCCUAUAUGUGUGUGCUGCCUUCCUUACAUACUUCUCACAGCACCUCAUGGCACAGCGAGACUUCCAGGGGCUGAUGCUACUACUGCAGAACCUUCCGACAAGCUCCUGGUCGGACACGGAAAUCAGUCUGCUGGUCGCCGAAGCCUUCCGUCUCAAAUACACUUUCGCAGACGCCCCGAACCACCUCCAGGCCCAGCGGAAGUGACGAUAGAUGGAGCGGAUGGAGUCUGGAUAUGCGCCGUCGUUCAGUGUGUGGAUGAGGCGGAUGUAGGAGUGGAUGGGAUGGUCGAUGGAGGCGGUUAUGUUGAGUGAGUGAGUGAGUGAGUGAAGUGCGUCCAUGGUCAAUAUUUUUAAAUGUUUUGAUGGUAAGGCAAAAAGGAGAUCAGUCGAGUUACAAUGAGUGUUUCUUGAGGUUCACGGCACAGAGGAAAGGUCAAACUACCACCUGGGUCAUAAACCUACCCCUGGAAAUGACCCUAAACACAAAGCUACCCCUGGAAAUGACCCUAAACACAAAGCUACCCCUGGAAAUGCCCCCAAACUCCAACGGAAUCCCUAUCAAAUGAGUGUUUCUUGAGGUUCACGGCACAGAGGAAGGGUCAAACUACCACCUGGGUCAUAAAACUACCCCUGGAAAUGACCCUAAACACAAAGCUACCCCUGGAAAUGACCCCAAACUCCAACGGAAUCCCUAUCAAAUGAGUGUUUUUUUAGGUUCAUGGUACAGAGGAAGGGUCAAACUGCCACCUGGGUCAUGAAACUACCCCUGGAAAUGACCCUAAACACAAAGCUACCCCUGGAAAUGCCCCCAAACUCCAAUGGAAUCCCUAUCAAAUGAGUGUUUUUUUAGGUUCAUGGUACAGAGGAAGGGUCAAACUACCACCUGGGUCAUGAAACUACCCCUGGAAAUGACCCCAAAUUCCCAUGCAAGCCUUGUCAAAUGUUUCCUUAGGUUCAUGGCACAGAUGAAGGGUCAAACUACCACCUGGGUCAUGAAACUGCCAAUGGAAAUGCCCCAAACUCCUACGAAAAGCCUUGUCCAAUACGUGACAUUUGGCAUCAGAAAUGUUUAAGAAUAUGACCAAUGUGACCAAUGAAUAUGACCUCUUUUUAGGUUGUUGUUGGCUGUCAUAACAAAGAAGAGAUAAUAAGGUAUUGUGUCCUUCUUGGUGCUUCAAAAGGCUGGUUGUGCUGUGGGGAAGGUCAGGUCAGGAGAGGUCAGUUUAGGUCAUAUCAUGCUGGAAGGGCAAAAAAUAUUGACAACUGAAGUGACAGAUUGCCAGACAGAGAACCAGAUGGAGAUUGAGAGAUAGAUAGAGAGAGAGAGAGAGAGAGAGAGAGAGAGAGAGAGAGUAUGUAUGUCUAUGUGUUUUUUUUUCAAUCCAUUUCCCACAUAUGAUUUGAUGUUACAAGUGUGUGUGUGUGUGUGUGUGUGUGUGUGUGUGUGUGUGUGUGUGUGUGUGUGUUUCUUUCUUUAACCCUGUCUUCUCUUUUUUUCUGUCUACGGUAAUAUUAUUUAGUUUCCGUAACACUCCCGGCGAUUAUUCUUAUGCGGCAUUUCCGAGAGCAAGAUGUUUCGAAAGCUCACAGAUGCUCCUUUCCUUACGAUCAUAACCAUAGCCAAUCUGUUUAGUCUUUCGUAUAGGAGUUUCCGAGAGCAAGAUAUUUUGAAAGUUCACAGAUGUCCCUCUCUUUACGACCAUUACCAUAGCCAGUGUUUUUCAUCUUUCGUAUACAACAUCUCAAAAGCUCACAGAUGCUCCUUUCCUUACGACCACUACCAUAACCAAUCUGUUUUUCAGCUUUCGUAUACAAUGUUUCCGAGAGCAAGUUGUUUCGGUUACUCACAGAUGUUCCUUUCCUUACGAUCAUAACCAUAGCCAAUUUCUUUUUCAUUUUACGUAUACAACAUUUCAAAAGCUCACAGAUGUUCCUUUCCUUACGAUCAUAACCAUAGCCAAUUUCUUUUUCAUCUUAUGUAUACAACAUUUCAAAAGCUCACAGAUGUUCCUUUCCUUACGAUCAUAACCAUAGCCAAUCUGUUUUUCGUCUUUCAUAUACAUUUCAGAAGCUCACAAAUGCUCCUUUCCUUACGAUCAUAACCAUAGCCAAUCUGUUGUUCGUCUUUCAUAUACAUUUCAGAAGCUCACAAAUGCUCCUUUCCUUACGAUCAUAACCAUAGCCAAUCUGUUUUUCGUCUUACGUAUACAACAUUUCCGAGAGCAAGAUGUUCCUUUCCUUACGAUCAUAACCAUAGCCAAUCUGUUUUUCAUCUUAAGUAUACAACAUUUCCGAGAGCAAGAUGUUCCUUUCCUUAUGAUCAUAACCAUAGCCAAUUUGUUUUUUGUCUUUCGUAAGCAACAUUUCAAAAGCUCACAGAUGUUCCUUUCCUUACGAUCAUAACCAUAGCCAAUCUGUUUUUCGUCUUUCGUAAGCAACAUUUCAAAAGCUCACAGGUGUUCCUUUCCUUACGAUCAUAACCAUAGCCAAUCUGUUUUUCGUCUUUCGUAAGCAACAUUUCAAAAGCUCACAGGUGUUCCUUUCCUUACGAUCAUAACCAUAGCCAAUCUGUUUUUCGUCUUACGUAUACAACAUUUCAAAAGCUCAGAGAUGUUCCUUGCCUUACGAUUACCAAAAUUACCAAAACGCAAAAUUUUAAGUACGAUUCACGGGUUUAACAGAACGCUUAUUGCUCUCGAACAUUCAUAACGUAAAAAAACAUAAAUCAAAGUAUCAUAAGCAAAGAAUUUAACCUGUUUCAUGAUUAAAUAUUAAAAAAUUACAAAAACGCGAAAUUUUCAGUACGAUUCAUGGGUUUAACAGAACACAUCACUUUUGAACAUUCAUAACAUCAAAAAAAAACAUAAUUCAAAGUAUCAUAAGCAAAGAACCCAACCUUUUUCAUGAGAGGAUAUUGAAAAAUUACCAAAACAUGAAAUUUUCAGUACGAUUCAUGGGUUUAACGGAACACUCAUCGCUCUCGAACACUCGUAACGCAAAGUAAACAAACCGUAACAUCGUAACCAAAGGAACAUCUCAAAUUUACACCCAAAUACCAUAAACCAAAAGACCGUAACCAGAGGAGCAUCGACCCUUCAAGCCGAGAAUGUGUAAAACAAAGCCAAGAAAUCGCCCGAGAAAUUAUUAUUAUUUUACCAUUUUUUGAGUUUCCCGCGCCCUGGAAGUCUGGGGUCGGGAAACAUAGAUAUAUAUAGAUAGCUAGGUCCUUAGGUAGAUGACUUACUGGGUGGUGCUCUGGAUAAGGGGUUCAGGGAGAGAGGUAUUAUGCGAUUUAUAAUAAUUUUUUAGGCUAAGGCUUGAGUCAGCCAUCUUGCUAUAUUAGUAGGCUAUGGCCGACUGCUUGAGAGAGAGAGAGAGAGAGAGAGAGAGAGAGAGAGGAGGGGGGUAAGAGAGAGAGGGAGAAAAGAAAACGAACAAAAUAAUGAAAAUAAAAAAUGAGAAAAAAAUGGAGAGAGAGAGAGAGAGAAAAUGAAAGAAAAAGAAUAAAAAUGGAGAGAGAGAAUGUGUGUGCGUGUGUACGUAUAAAAGCCUAGCUAUGUACGUUUUGUAAGCUCCAAUUCCCGUACACGAACCAACGCCGUGUGUACGUAUAUGUAUGUACGUAUGAAUGUGUGUGUGUAUAUUGACUCUAUACUGACUAUCAUGGUUCUCUCUCUCACACUCUCACACUCUCUCUCUCUCUCUCUCUCUCUCUCUCUCCCUUGCAUUUGUUUGGUGUAUUUUAAGGAGGAAUAAUUAUCAUGUAACUGCUGUGUCUUCAUACAUAAAGCAUUUUAUAUCAAACUU